CUGCAGGUUUUAAAGGAUAUAAGGUGUUAGAUUUAGAAAAUCAUUCUGUUUCAGUUUCUAGAAAUGUGAUUUUUCAAGAACAGACAUUUCCUUUUAAAACUAGUGACUUGUUGCAUAAAGCAGUAGACAUGUUUCCUAAUACAAUCUUGCCUUUACCUGCACCAUUGCAUUUUGUUGAAACUAUGCCAUUAAUAGAUGAGGAUUCUCUUAUUGAUUCUACUGCAUCAACAUCUGCAUCAUGUCCUAGUACCAUACCAUCUACUAGUAACACAGAGACACUUGAUACUGAUCUUAAUUCUAUACCUAUGGCUAGGUCUAAACGCACUACUAGAGCUCCUAGUUAUUUGUCUGAGUAUCAUUGUUCUCUUGUUCCCUUUAUUUCUUCUUUACCACCAACAGAAACACCUACUUCAUCACUUAAACAGCCUGCACCAUCUCCCAUUCCUUCAUCACCUAAAAAGACUACACCUUACCCCAUUGCUUCAGUCAUUUCUUAUGACAAAUAUACACCUCUUUUUCAGUCUUAUAUCUGUGCUUAUGAUAUAGAGACAGAGCCAAAAACGUUUAAACAGGCCAUGAAAUCAGAAAAAUGGACAAAGGCAGCUAAUGAAGAGUUACAUGCUCUUGAACUUAACAAGACAUGGGUUGUUGAAUCAUUACCGCCAGGCAAGAAUGUGGUGGGUUGUAAAUGGGUGUUCACCAUUAAAUACAAUCCUGAUGGAACAGUGGAGAGAUACAAAGCACGCUUGGUAGCACAGGGAUUCACUCAACAAGAGGGCAUUGAUUUUCUUGAUACUUUUUCCCCUGUUGCUAAGCUGACAAGUGUGAAAUUUUUGCUUGGUCUUGCUGCGAUUAAGGGUUGGAGCUUAACUCAGAUGGACGUGUCAAAUGCAUUUCUUCAUGGUGAAUUGGAUGAAGAAAUCUUUAUGAGUCUACCUCAGGGAUAUACUCCUCAGAAUUCUGAUUUGCCUCCUAAUCCGGUUUGUCGACUCCUGAAAUCUCUUUAUGGUUUAAAACAAGCUUCACGUCAAUGGUAUAAGAGAUUGUCUUCAGUGCUAUUAGGUGCAAAUUAUAUACAGUCACCUGCUGACAAUACUCUCUUUGUCAAAGCUUCUCCUGGUUCAUUUGUGGCUGUAUUGGUCUAUGUGGAUGAUCUUAUGAUAGCCAGUGAUAAUGAUGAAUCAGUGGAACAAUUAAAGGCAUUGUUGAGAUCAGAAUUCAAGAUUAAGGAUUUAGGUCCUGCAAGAUUCUUCCUAGGCUUGGAAAUAUCAAGAUCAUCAAAAGGAAUAUCAGUCUGUCAAAGGAAGUAUGCUCAGAAUUUGCUAGAAGAUGCUGGUUUACUUGGUUGUAAACCAAGUUCUAUUCCCAUGGAUCCUUCUUUACACCUGACUAAGGAUAUGGGAGUACCAUUGUCAAAUCCAACUUCAUAUCGUGAGCUAGUUGGACGUUUAUUGUAUCUUACAAUAACACGACCAGACAUUACCUUUGCAGUGCAUCAGUUGAGCCAAUUUAUUUCAGCUCCUUCUGACAUUCAUCUUCAAGCUGCACACAAGGUGCUCAGGUACAUCAAAUCAAAUCCAGGACAGGGAUUAAUGUACUCUGCUGACUCAGAACUCUGUUUGAAUGCAUUCUCGGAUGCUGAUUGGGCUGCUUGCAAGGAUACUAGAAGAUCAGUCUCAGGGUUUUGUGUUUAUAUUGGUACAUCUUUGGUUUCAUGGAAAUCAAAGAAACAAUCUGUUGCAAGUCGCAGUAGCACUGAAUCAGAAUAUAGGAGUAUGGCUCAAGCCACUUGUGAGAUCAUUUGGCUGCAACAGUUGCUUAAGGAUCUACACAUCACUGUAAGUUGUCCUGCGAAACUCUUCUGUGACAAUAAAUCGGCAUUGCAUAUUUCUAUGAAUCCGGUUUUCCACGAGAGAACAAAACACAUAGAGAUAGACUGUCACACGGUGAGGGAUCAGAUCAAAGCAGGAAACUUGAAGGCUCUACAUGUACCUACAGAGAACCAGCAUGCAGACAUCUUGACUAAAGCUCUGUAUCCAGGACCUUUCCAUCACUUGCUUCAACAGAUGUCUUUGUCAAGUCUUUAUCUUCCAAACCAGACAAUUUCGAAGAUCAAGACUUGAGAGGGGCGUAUUAGAGUGAUAUGGACCGGUUAUUGCUGGUUUACUUUGGUUAUCUACAUCUCGGUUUAAUGUUAAAACACUAUAUAAGCUUAAUUCAUCAUUAGUGUAUAGUUUAAGCUUUGUAACAACAUUUUUGGUUAAUAAUGAAAGUUUGUUAAG